CGAGCUUAUUCAAAGAUGACAGUGAAGAGAAAUUCGAUGGAACUUCACCAGCAAAUUUGGCGGGCGAAGUGUGUGAGCAACUCCUCUGCCCUGUGAAAGAAUGGAGAACAAGGUGGAGGAUUCUAUUCGCGUGAAGAUGGAGUCGCUGCGAAUGGUUCGCGAGAAGGAGAUUCCAGUUCAGCAGCAAAAGAUGGAGUCAUUUGCGGAUUCGUUUCGCAAAUCUCUGGAAUCGAUCACUGUAAGGUCGCGAGAAAAUGCCCUAAGUCAAGGGAAACUGGGGGAACUGAAAGCGAGGCUGAGGGAGGCGGAAGAUGAAUUGGUUAAAGCUCUAGCAGUGAAGACUCGUAAAGAGGCCAAACGGCUGGCAAUCACCGAUUCCCUUGCAGCUUCAAAAUCUAGAAUAGAAGAGCUGAGGAAUACUUUACAAGAUUGCAAAGCAAAGAGGGAUGAAUAUUCUACAAUUAUAUCUCAGCAAUCCUUAGCUUUAUCUUCAUCUGAACACAAGGAAACCCAAGAAAGUGAUUGCAGAAGUGAAAUACAAGAGGCUAUUUCUUGGUACAAUAGGGUUCUUGAUUUCCAUAUUGAAGGAGGACGUGGGGUAAAAUUCUCUUUCAAGAAAAUCAAUAUUAACAUUCCUGAUAAAGAAUAUUCUUUUACCAUCCGUCAUGCAAGUGAUACUUAUACGUUGUUAGAUUGUAACCCAUCCUUGCAAGAUAUUCAAGACUUGAUACAUGAACUGAAUAAAACAAAUGGUUUAUUCAAGUUCGUUAGGGUUAUGAGACAGAGGUUUCAGGAGAUUGCAGCAGAAGGAGUUGGGGCCCAGGCAUUGUCUCUGCAUCAAGACUCAACAAUAAUCUCUGUGUCAGCUCCAGGUUUGUCAUCAUCAACUGACAGAAGUGAAUCUUCAACUCAAGAAAUUGAUAACCAGGUUCGACUUGAGGAAACUAACAAGCACUCUAAGAAAAUUCUAUCUGGAAAGAAACCAGCUGUCCUAUCCCCUGGAUCUGCAUUUUCUUUGCGCCGGUCUCCUCGUUUUAAGGUCAGGAAAUAAGGAUAGAGGUUACUAUUGAACAUGUAUUAGAUUGACGGGCUUAGCCUUGCUUCAUGACGUGAUGAAUUGCUUCACAACUGACGUUUAUGUGGGGUCCUGUUCUCAACAUUUGCCAGAACUUCUCUGACCGAUGUGAAUGCUCCAUAUUUAAAAAUUGAAGCCGAAGAAGAUAUGAUUGUGUUGUAUGCUCAUUGUAUCUGAUCUUUAAUUUAUGUGCAUUAUUUUACACGAGGUUAUGAUUUGAUGUAUUGCAUGGUGUGAUAAUCGCAAUGGUAUAAAAUGCUUAGUAUUUUGAUCCUUCUGAUCUACAUGUAAUGUUUUCAUGACUUCAUUCAAACUUAACGUUAAAGAUUGUGCAGUUGCUAAUUUACUAGUGAAAGCUUAAAGGUGGAAGUUCGCGUCUCUAUGGAGUCGAGUUGGUUCAUACAGAUUUAAGAAUCACUUUUUUUUAUAGAUACGUUCGCUUCAUUUAUUUCCAUUUCAAUUAUUGUCUGCUAUGUUGUUCUUAUUGCAGAUAAUUUCCUCGUGAGAAAGAAGAAUACAUUACGCUGGCUAUUUUUAUUAUUUCAGUUUACUGUAAGUUGAGCAAUACAUUAUUUGAAAAGGCCUGAAGGGAGAAUGAUUUUGUAGCCCUUGUAUCUUUCAGGUAUUCCUUAAAUUGAUUUUCUAUCUAUGAAACUGUGAAAUAACAAGCUUAUGUA